GUUUACAUUAUGGCGGCAAAAGUAGAUGAAUCCUAUUGUCAAAGAUGCUACCAAUAUGUCAUUGUAGCAAUGCGAUUAUGGCAUCUGAAUCUGUAUUUCAAAAGGCCCCUUCUGAAUUCAUAUAUACAAAUGGAAAGAACAACAUUUGGUUGGUGGAGAAAUCGCCAACUUCAUUAAUCGAGUUGAAACUUCAUUCACAGAGUCAAGAUAUUUUGUCUUCGCCGUCGGACACACCUUCUCAUGGAGCACCUAGUCAGCACAAAGGCGAUGCAGUCGAUUCAGCAAAUCUAUUUCCAGCAAUAUUUGACAUAAAGAAAAUCAAGCAAGGGCAAGGGAACCACGUUUGGUCUACUGUCAGAUGGAUUUUACAGCCAAAAAGAUGAGUGUUCAGCAAAUAUUCGGCCUGGUAGUGCAGGUUUGAAUGAGAUAUCAUCAAGUGUAAACGAAUCGGAGGAAGGCAGAAACGGUGGCAAAGAGAUGCCACCCAAAUCACAUAAAUUUGUGAAGAAGAAAGGAAAGUCACAAAAGAAAUCACAUGCCUCCCCAGUGCUAAAGAAAUCUCAAACCACCCUUCAUCUUUCGCAGUCACCCAAGUUAUCUGAUGGUGCUUCAAAAAUCCAGUUCCGAAUCUCUGCUCAGGAAAACUCAACAGGCGAUCUCAAUGUCCUGUCAGCUCAGUGUAGGGCAGUGAAAAUGCAUGAACACACUGAAUCCAAAAUGAAACUAUCAUUUGUACAUAAUUCGUUUCAUUCAAAGGAACUGGGUAAUUUAACUAAACCAUCCUUCAUAAACAAAACAUAUACAGUGUCAAAAUCUAUGAAUCAAAUUCCAAGAUCUCAGAAUGUUAAGGGAGACAACAAAAGAAAAUCUUGCUCAAGUACGUCUCCUUCACCAAUACAGCUGACCCGCAAGUCGUUAGCUCAGGCUGAGAAUGUGUAUCUGCAACGUGUGACUAAAGUUUACCUGUCUGAGAAACAUUCAGGUGUGAUAAAAGAUGAAGGUCUUGAAAUGCCUUGUGCCCCACCUGCCACACCUACUGCAGAGCAGUUGAGACGCUAUGAAUACGUCCCCAGUUUAACUGAUGUCAGAUCCCAGCGUGCUGUCCGACAGAAACUGCAAGUGAUGGAGAGAAAGGAGCAUCAGAAAGAGGAAAAGAAGAAGGAAGAACAGGCAAAGAUUGACAAGAUGUUGCAGAAAGAUAAAGAGAGUGAACUGCGACGUCGACAGAGGCAGGAGAUUUAUGCCUUGAACAAGAUCAUGACAGAGCUGGAGCACAGGCGUUUUAUGGAGUUCUGUAUAGCAAGGGGGUUCAACUCCUGAUGGGUUACAGCUCAUGGUGUACAGCUGCUUGUUACAUCUUCUAUAGUAUUUACCAUUGAUUGGAUGGUACAGGGAAGUUUACAAAGUUUUUGUCCUCCUUUUUUAUGAACACUGUUUAUGGUUUCCUUUGACAUUUUUAUUUAAAUCAUUGUUGAGGCCAGUUAUUUGUGGGUUUUAUGCUCCAUAUUUGGGAAACUCUUUAGCCUUUAUGUUAGGGAUGUAGGAAUAUUGCUGAUGAUGUAUGAGCUGUAACAGACAAAUGCAAUCGUUCUCUGGAAUUAUGCUGAGAUAAUUAGAUGAUCAUUAGAUACAGCCAUUAUGACAAUCUUCAGAAGAAGACAUGAAUGACAAAAGGCAUUGUUUUUUAAAAACUGAAGCUUUAAUGAGUGUUUUUAGUUCAUAGUAUCAUGUUAUUCAAUUUUGUAUUACAUUUUAAGAAUAUAUCAGAACGACCAAUACAUACAGAAUACAAGUUUUAAGUACCUUUAUGCAUAUAUUUUAGAAAUGUUUUACUAAAGUCUGCUCAAAUUCUUAAUCAUAUUCAACUUUACUACUUUUUUUACACGAUAUAUUGUUCACUGGAAAUAUUGUUAUAAAUCUGUGAUAUACUUCUCACGAUCUUUACAUAUGCAGUUUUAUAUACCAUUUGAAAUACUGCUGUUACUAAUAGUAUUAUUGUAUGCAGGCGGUGGGCUAGUCUGAUGGUUAAAGCAUGUGCUUGUCACGCUGAAGAUCCGGGUUCGAUUUCCCACAU